UUUAGCGGCUUACAGAUGCCCGAAAGUUUCAACCAAUCAGCGACCGUCUUUUAUCGUCCACUCGACUCUCCACUUUCAAACCUCAACUUGCAGCCAUUUUUCAUACAUGAGACUUUUCAAUUUAGUUACCUAAAAUUUCUCUGGACUGACUACUUUAUUAGGUUAACUGUCAGCUGUAACAUGUCUGUUAUGGAUGAGUAUAACAACCAAGCAAGUGAGAGUUUCUGGGAGAUAGGAAAAUAUAACCGGUCUGUAAAACGGAUUGAAAAUGGCAGUAAACUUUGUGACAGUUUAAGGCAAUUAAUUGAAACAAGAAGUGAUAUAGAAAAAUCUUACGCAAAGCAGCUUUCACAGUGGUCUAGAAAAUGGAAUGACUUCCUUGAAAAGGGUCCUGAAUAUGGUACCACCCAGACAGCAUGGAGAAGUGUCUUAACAGAAGCAGACAAGUUGUGUGAACUACAUACUGAAGUAGCAGAACGAUUAAUGACUCAAGUAUAUCUACAAGUUAAGCAAUGGAACAAAGACAACUACCACAGGACUAUGAUGAAUUUUCGUGAAUGUAAAGAUAAGGAAGACAAUUUCAGAAGGGCUCAAAAACCAUGGAUGAAGCGUUAUAAUAAAUUAAUGGUUGCCAAAAAGGAAUACCAUUCUGCAUGCAAACAAGAAAGAAGUACAGCUAAUCAAGAAAACAAUGCCAAAGGUGACCCUUCAGUUCCUGUGGAUCAAGUAAAAAAACUUGGCGAGAAAUUAACAAAGUGUAAGGGUGAAGUGGAAGCAUCGAGAGAUAAGUACAAAGCUGCAUUGCAUGACCUGAACAGUUAUAAUCCUAAAUAUAUUGAAGAGAUGACUUUUGUUUUUAAUGAAUGUCAAGAAAUGGAACGAAGAAGAUUAACAUUUUUUAAACAGAUGUUAUUUGAAAUUCAUCAAUGCUUGGAUCUUUCACAGAACCAACGAUUUGCUGAAAUAUAUCGUCAGUUUUAUCAAGAGAUAAAUUGUGCAGACUGUGAGAAAGAUUUAAGGUGGUGGUCUAAUAUUUAUGGUGCUGGAAUGUCUAUGAACUGGCCUGAAUUUGUCGAAUACUCACCAGAAUUGCACAAUAUCACCAAAACAAAGAAGCCAACAUUUGGUUCAAAUGAAGGCAUCACCAUAACAGGUAUCAAACACAACCGUGAAAGUUAUGCUGCCAACUCAGACCAUCCUCCGGCAGGAUCCAAUUACCAAAACUCACCCAGGCAGAAAGGACCUUUGAACACUGGCAUAAAAAUCAACCCAACUACUCAGUCACCCGCAGGUAUGGGGCCUCAAGGACGGGGUGCUGGACCAGCUAAAUUUGGAAUGGAUCCACGUUCCCAUGUUUCAAGUCCCCGUGGCAUGAGACCACCAGGUAUGGGUCCAGCUGGCAUGAGACCACCUGGUAUGGGUCCACCUGGUAUGGGUCCACCUGGCAUGGGUCCACCUGGCAUGGGUCCAGCUGGCAUGAGACCACCUGGCAUGGGUCCACCUGGCAUGGGCCCACCUGGUAUGGGCCCACCUGGUAUGGGCCCACCUGGCAUGGGCCCACCUGGAAUGGGGCCACCUGGUAUGGGUCCACCCGGAAUGGGCCCACCUGGUAUGGGUCCACCUGGCAUGCGACCACCAGUAAUAAAUGAGCCAAAAGUAAGUCCAGGAAAUCGACGUGGUAGCAUGACACCACAACCCCAGGGUCCACCUAACCCAAUGAUGAGACCCAUGAUGAAUCAAAAUGCACCUACAAUUCACAUAGAAGAGAGGAGACCUAGCUCUCCAUCGCCGAUCCCAACCAGAAAGAACCAGUAUAGAGGAAUACCUGAUAACUUUGACCAAGAAAUUCGAGACAUGAUACUUGGGAAACCUGCUGGAGGUAACAAAGGAAUCGGUGUCAACAGAAAUAUAAACACUCCAAAUAAGAACCUGAACAAUAAUAGGAGCCCUAUGCAUCAAUCCUCUCCAUAUAUAGACAGCCGAAAAGGAUCAACUGACUAUGGAGUUUUGAACAGAUCCAACACAGAUCAGUCGAUUGAGGGUUAUUAUCGCAGUGUUGAAACCGAGUCCUUGUCUGAUUUCUCUGAUUGAUCUCUACCAGGUGAAAUGUUCACUAAACUUUCUGAUCCUGACGAAUUGGGGUGGUGCAAAGGACGCAAAGACGGUCGAGUAGGCCUCUACCCAGCCACCUAUGUGGAACCACUGUGAAAAAACACUUAGAUAAUACGCUAAUAUAGCCCUUUUAUUAUCACACAAGACCUUUUUUGCCCUGACCUGGAGUAUAAUAUCAAAACUGGAAAAAAAAAAAAUUACACAUUAACAUUGAAUAUCUGUAUAAUCCUUCUCAUGGUACCGAU